AUGCCGAACGGAAAGAAAGGGACGGUGCCAGCAAAGCCGCGCAGGGAUGUGCUGGCUUCAUUGCGUAUGGCAUCAUUGGAAGGGAUCUCUCGAGCUUCCCUGCCUGCAGAAAUCAUGUCGUUGAUUCUUGAUUACCUUGGGCCGGUCGACCUCAUCCGGGCAGCCAAGUCCUGCAAGCUCCUACACGAAAUGGCGUAUGACGAUACUCGAUGGGUACAACGACUAAAGCGAAUUGGAUGUUGGGAUGAGUCGGAUGCACGCAAACACGUGGAGCAAGUGUACGGAACCGUCGCCGACUUAGAAGUCGUUGAACAACAUGAAAUUGCGGAGGAGGCGGGUGUUGUAGCUCCGGCCAUUGCAAGUGCUCGGAUCGCCGGUUCAGAAGUCAAUGUCAUAUCCGAUGGGUUCGACAAGAUAGAGCUGGGCAAGUCCGCCACACAACUUGAGCCUUUGGAAAACGAAGCGAGUGACCCUGAUCUGGUUAUCUUGCAGAAUGCCAGGUCAGUUCGAGGUGAAGCUCGUCAGGAGUAUGGAAGAAUCCAUGCCGCGUUAGCACCCCUUUACGAUGACAUCGUGACAUCUGGACCAUCUACUGAGAAUCUGGUGUUCACAAAGUACAAAGACCCCCAGGUUCAAGCAAAAAUGCUAUCUCAAUUGAUGGCUUUUGCAAAGAGUGACAUGACUACGGGCUGGGAAUGGCGAGAAAGUCGUCUGGAAAGCACGACAGCCAUGUUUGAAACCGCUGCGUUAAAUGAAUUCCGAAAAGGCUAUGAGACAGACGAUAUUGAUGGCCUCAUGCGCAAGUACGCCCACAUUCUGUAUGCACUUAAUGGUGGCCAAUCAGCAGUCGAUUUAUUCAUCCAUCAUAACCAUUUGAUGACUCGAAAGUCUGACCUUGGCACAUUGGCGGACUGCAUAGAUGGUCUUACUGGACGAGUGAAGAUCCAACAGACACAAAGCUUUUUUACACGCUUGAGUGUCGCCUAUAAUGAAGAAGUCUCAAUUAUGCAUCGGGCCUUCCCCCCUGAAUUACAAGUCGCAUUGGCUUUCAUGGAGAAAGUUGGUCAGGAUGUUCUUUUCCCCUUCCUGACAGCCAUUUUCGACGAACUGCAUCGCAUCAACAAGGAGUCCUACCUGACUGCUAUCUCCCUGACCUUUAUACAGUGUAUGAAUCUGUCCGAAACUCUGUUGCCCAUACGGAACUCUGGCGAGAAUUUCGACCACUACCUAGACUCUGUUGUGGCCAAGAUUUACGAACCACAUAUCGACCUUUACCUAGCCGAGGAGCUGGACUUUUUCCGCAAGGGCUCCGAGGCAACGGUAAACGAUUGGGAUCGCCAGCUUUCGGAACAAGCUGCCUCGACAGAGUCCUUUUUGAUGUCCAAUGUCAACCGACAAGCCGACAAGCGAGAUUUCCUUACAUCAUUCAAGAAAGUGAUCAUGAUGCCAGUCAAUAUCCUUCCUAGCUUUUCCAGCAACAAGGCCAGCGAGGAAACCAAAGUGGAAGAAAGCACGGGGCCCGGUGCUUUGAAGAAUUCCCACCGAUUCUCCACGAUCUCCUCGCCCUCUCCCCUUCCAAUCGAAGAAGCCCCAAAAACAGAACUGGCGGCCAAAGCGCUGCUAAUGAAGUCCAAAAUGGAAGGUAUUCGAUCAUUAUUUAGUAUUGAGAUCGCACUGAGCCUUGUUCAUACCGCCAAAUCCAGUAUUGAGAGAGCCGCCCAAUUUGUCAGACUGGGUGGAGACUAUGGCAAAGCAGCCAAGCAUCAAUGCCAGGCCAUUUUUGUGGAUCUGCUGCGUAUCCUGGGCCAGCGCCAUGUCAUUGUCGGUUUUGAUAAAGCUGUUGAUCACCUAUCAAACUACCGGCCCCGCGAACAGGAGGAGCGCGAUCAGUCUGGGGUUGAGCCCCUGGUCACGUUCCUGGAGUUGGUCAAUGUCGGUGAUCUGAUUCUACAGAUGGUGGAUGUAUUUUACGAGCAAGAACUGAUCGCUACACGUCUCACCGAUCGCCACGAUUUCCUUGACCCCGCUGUGAAGGAGAAAAAGAAAUUUGAGCAGAUGCUGGACGAGCGCGUUGCGGCUGGAUUGAAUAAGGGAAUUGACGUCCUCAUGGAGGAAGUCGACUACAUUCUCGCUACACGGCAGCUAGCCACCGAUUUUAAUCCAGAAGUCUCAUCGGAUCCUCACCGACAGACCAUGGAUGUGGGAGUCAGUGAUGUUGCGGCAGCUGUAGUGGAUGUGGUGUCAUCGCACACACAGAUGCUGGUAGGCAGCACCGACAAGAGCACAUUGGACGUGUUCAACCAAGAAGUCGGACUGCGUCUGUUCACCGCGUUGUGUAAGCACCUCAAGCGUCAGCGGAUUAGCACCGAGGGAUCCCUCAAGCUGAUCAGUGACAUGAAUCACUACUUCAAGUUUGUCCAGACCCUUCGAAACAGCGAGCUUCUCUUAUACUUCAAGGCCUUCCGCGAACUCGCACAGAUCUACCUGAUCGACCCGUCCCAUGCCAAGGAACUAGCGACGAUCAUCGCCGACGCCGACCGGUUCCAAGGGAUCUGGCGUGUCGAGGAGGUGUAUGAGUUUGCGGAGCGCCGAGCCGACUGGUACCAGGUCAAGCGUGACGUGGAACGAGCGAUGUACGGAAUUGGAUGUAGCGUGAUGUAA